UUUCCAGGAGACCUAGCAGUAAUAAGAAUACCGUUAAUUUUUUAAUGCAUUUAUGCUUUGUAGAAUCCGUUUCUUUCAAUACAAUUGCAGAAAAAAUAGCUUAUUGUCAUAGCUUUACUAUUUCGUUAGAAUUUCUCAUACGUUACUGAAGUCUGAACCAGUUCGACCGUUUUGACUAAGAAUUAUGGCUAAUAAUUCCUAUUUUGGACAACAAGUGCCCCAGCAGUCAAAUCAGAACUAUACAUAUCAGCCUUGGGGAAGUGGGACUGCAUCUCAGCAACCAGCUCCUAAUUUUUCUGGCAAUGGUAACCAACAACAACAGUAUCAGCAGUAUGGAAAUAAUUUCCAAAGAACCAAUAGUAAUGACGGAAACUGGUAUCCAGGAAAUAGCUAUGGACCAAAUCAACCACAGAAUAUCAAUCAAAGAGGAAAUUAUUAUCAAAGCAGACCACACAGUUCAAAUAAUAAUUUAAAUCCAUCUAUUGGUCAGAACAGACCACACAGUUCAAAUAAUAAUUUAAAUCCAUCUAUUGGUCAAAACAGACCACACAGUUCAAAUAAUACUUUAACUCAAUCUAUUGGUCCAAAUUUUGAUAGUACACCACCUCCUUCCAAUUACAACUAUGGACAGCAGAAUUGGACCGAUUCUGAUUAUGGAAAUGAGUAUAAAUUUUACAGUGGAGGAAGUAUAAAUACAUAUGGAAGUAGUGAUAGUUAUUCCCCUCAAAAUACAAACUUUUCUGGUAAUAAAAGGGGGACUUUCAAUGAGAGACCAAACCAGACCAUGAUGGGAAUCAAAAAUCAGAAUCCAUAUUCAAAUUCAGCUGGCAGUGGUAAACAAAAUCCAUUUAUUAGAAAUAACCCAAAUUUGGUUGGCAGCGGUAAACCAAAUUCAUAUACGAACAAUAAUCCAAAUCAAUUUGGAAAGAACAAGAUAAAUCAAUUUAAUAACAACAAUAGCCAUCAACAUAAUCCAUUUGGAAACAGUAAUCCUAAUCAACAUGAUCAGUUUGGAUAUGGAAAUACAAAUCAUUUUGAAAAUAAAAAUCAUCAAUUUGGAACUACUAAUGGAAACAAUCAUAAAAAAAAUCCCAAACAGAUGCAUAAAAAGCAACAGAAACAGAAAAAGAAAAUGAAGAAGGCAAAAGUUGUCAAGGGAGAUAAUCCAGAGGCCAACAAUUUUUACUGUGACACAUGCGACAGGGGAUUUAGUCAGGAAUGUCAUUACACGGAACAUUGUGGCUUUCAUGAAAAGUGUUCCUAUACUGGCUGUUCCUUUGUAGCUGCUCCAAAACUUGUCAAACUCCAUGUUCAGAUGCAACAUAAAAGUGGACUAGCUAAGAAGAUUUGGAGUGUUGAAUCACAGGAGGAUAUAGAGAAAUGGAAGGAAGAGCGCAGAAUGAAAUUUCCAACAACUUUUAAUAUAGAAAAGAAGAAGGCUAUUUUAGAGGAGAAGAAAUCAAGAGGAGAGGUUCUAGAGACAAAAUACUUUGGGAAAAUGAAAGGGAAGAAUUUUAAUGGACAACAAAAUAAUGGAGAUGAUGCCUGUCCUGGAGACAAGAAUGUAAGAGGAAAGAGAAACAGAAGGAGAAAGAAACCUAUGAUAGAGAUGAUGGGAGAUGCUAAAGUACCAAAACUUGACCAGUCUGAAGGUCAUGAAGGUCACAUCUCUGACCAGUCAGAUAAGGAGGGGGUAGAUAAACCAUUCAUAACAGACGAAAUCAAGGCCAUGAUUAAACAAAGAAAUACACUUCAUUAUAAAGCAAAAAGAACGGGAGACCAGGACGAUUGGAGUAAAUACAGGAUUAUAAGAGCUCAAUGCAGGAGAUUGACCAGAAUUGAGAAAGAACAACUUGGAAUGCCAACUCAAAGGACAAAAAGAGUUCUAGAGAAGUCUGAAGCUGGUGAUGCAGAGGCUGAUGAUAAAAGUGAAGCACCAGUACAUGUUGAAGAAAAGACAACAGAUAGUGUGAACAAAGAUGUAAAAUGUAGCAUCUCAAAAGAUGAAGAAGGCCUUGAAGAACAGGACAAAGAAAGUUGGGAUUGGAAAAGGGGGAAAAGGAAAUAUCCUCAGAGAAGAAGAUCAGAUAAAGCUAAUAAAUUUGGAUCAGAUGUGAGGCAAUCACUUAAAAGUACACCGUCUUUGUUGGAAAAGCUCCUUGCCAAUGAUAUCCGACAUGAAAGAAAUGUCAUAUUACAGUGUGUUCAUCAUGUUGUUAAGAACAUUUUCUUUGGUAUUGGAGACAAAUCAUCAACCAAUGAGAUAAAUAAACAGUCAUCAUGUGACAAGUCAGUCACCAAUGAAAUUAACAGUCAGUCAGACUGUGAGACAGGACCAUCUGAAAACAAAGUUAGAAGGAUAGAUACCAAAUGUGAAUCUACUAGUGUAAAUCAUGUAAUGCAGUGCAGCAAAGACAAUACCACAUCCAAUGAAACAGCAGAACAGCCUAAUGAUGAAAAAAUGAUAACCAAUGAAAAUACAACUGAGGCCAGUAACAAAACAGUAACCACUGAAAAUAUUACACAGUCUGAUGAAAAAGCAGAGCUGCGUAGUGAUGACAAAACAAUAUCCAAUAGAAAUACAAAAGAGACCAGUUAUAAUUCAGUAACCAAUGGAAUUAUAGAACUGUCUAGUGAGGAUAACGCAGUAUCCAAUGAAAAAGCAGAGCAGAGUAGUGAUGACAAAACAUUAUCAAAUGGAAAUACAAAAGAGACCAGUUAUAAUUCAGUAACCAAUGGAAUUAUAGAAUGGUCUAGUGACGAUAAUACAGUAUCCAAUGAAAAAGCAGAGCAGAGUAGUGAUGACAAAACAUUAUCCAAUGGAAAUACAAAAGAGACCAGUUAUAAUUCAGUAACCAAUGGAAUUAUAGAACUGUCAAAUGAGGAUAAUACAGAAUCCAAUGAAAAAGCAGAGCUGUGUAGUGAUGACAAAAUAAUAGCCAAUGGAAAUACAGAUGAGACCAGUGAAAAUACAUUAAACAAUGAAAUUAUAGAACUGUCUAGUGAUGACAAUAUGGAACAGUCUAGUGAAGACAAUAUCGUAAUCAAUGAAAAUGCAGAGCAGGCUUGUCAGAAAAAAGUAUCUAACCGACAAAAUUUUCCUGGAAAUCCAGGAACAAGAAUGUUACUACAAAAUGUACAUACAUUUCUCAAUCUAAAUAAAUAAGAUUUAUGUAAGUUAGCAUAACCAAAGAACAACUACAGAUGUACAUGAUGUAAAAAUAUUUCUUCAUUAAAGAAAAAUUCAUAGAAUGAAAUGAUCAUUCAAACAUUGACAAAUGAUUAAAGUAGCUUAUUUCAUUUUUGCAGAUGUUUUAUUUUAUUUUGUGAAAUAUAGUUCUUUGAUGAACAUUUUUGGAUAAAAUAUGUCACUGUUAAUAUGAAACUAUGUAUGAGUCGACUAUCAUUCCAAUGCUUCAUUGAGGU